CAGUUUUAGGUAGCUUUGAGAUGCUCAGAUCUUAAAAGGUUCAAUAGAAUCCCCCUGUGAAACCAUCUAUACCUGGUACUGCUUUGUGGGAAACUCUUUAACUGCUUUCUCUAUUAUUUCUUCCAUAUUAAUCGGACUAUUUCAUCCUUCUGUCUUUACUGGGAUUAAUAUGGAUAAUAGGAUGUUACAAAUUUUCAGAAGAAAGAGAAAGCAGAAAAGAAGUUUGGGAAUGGAUCCCACUUACCAAAACUGGCUUUUUUUCCUAUCUUCCCCUCUUUAAGGUCUUGUACGUGCCCAAGUUCCAGAGCCUCCUGACGUGAGCAUGGCUGAGAGUGAGGACCGCUCUCUGAGGAUCGUUCUGGUAGGGAAAACUGGAAGUGGGAAAAGUGGAACAGCGAACACCAUCCUUGGAAAGAAAAUCUUUGAGUCUAGAAUUGCUGCCCAAGCUGUUACCAAGACCUGUCAAAAAGCAUCCCGGGAAUGGCAGGGGAGAGACCUUCUUGUUGUUGACACUCCAGGGCUCUUUGACAACAAGGAGAGGCUGGAAACCACCUGCAGGGAAAUCAGCCGCUGCGUCAUCUCCUCCUGCCCAGGGCCCCAUGCUAUUGUCCUGGUUCUGCAGCUGGGCCGCUACACAGAGGAAGAGCAGAAAACUGUUGGAUUGAUCAAGGCUGUCUUUGGGAAGCCAGCCAUGAAACACAUGGUCAUUUUGUUCACUCGCAAAGAAGAGUUGGAGGGCCAGAGCUUGAGUGACUUCAUAGCAGAUGCGGAUGUGAGCCUAAAAAGCAUCGUCCAGGAGUGCGGGAACCGCUGCUGUGCCUUUAGCAACAGCAACCAAACCAGUGAGGCAGAGAAGGAAGGUCAAGUGCAGGAGCUGGUGGAGCUGAUAGAGAAAAUGGUGCAGUGCAACAAAGGGGCCUACUUUUCUGACGCCAUAUACAAGGACACAGAGGAAAGGCUGAAACAACGGGAAGAGAUUUUGAGGAAAAUCUACACUGAUCUAUUAAGUGAAGAAAUUAAACUAGUAAAAGAGGAUGAGCAUAAAUCAGAGGCAGAAAAGGAGGAAAGAAUAAAAUUAUUAAAAAUAAAAUGUGAUGAAAAAAUAAAAAAUAUAAGGGAAGAAGCUGAAGAAAAUAUAUUUGCAGAUGUUUUAAAUAGGAUUUUGCAGAUACUUUCAAAAAUAUGGCAUUUCUUUUGGUAGUAAUGGAAGUUGUAUUCUUCUUAAUUUACUAUGAUUUGUUAAUGUGAUGAAUUGUAUUUUGCAAGAUAGUUACAGAAAUACGUACCUCCCUUUAGCUUUAUUAAGGUAUCACUGAUAAAUAAAAAUUAAAUAUGUUUAAUGUGUAUAAUGUGAUUUUUAAUAUAUAUGUGUAUAUAUACACAUAUACAUUGUGAAAUAAUUAAAUCAAGGUAAUUAACACUUCUA